CAACCCUACAAAUCUCUCUCUAUACUAAACACUAAAUGAAAAACACCAAAACAAGGCUGCAACUUUCUAACAAAUGCUGACUGAUUCCCUUUAUUUUAAGUUAAUUUGAGAGGCCACCAUUACGAUUACUAUCAUCAUCAUCUUCUUCUUCCAUAUGCACACUCACAAAUCUAUCUCUUUCGCAUAAUGGUUUAGGUUUGUUUUUGACGCACUCUUUUUGGGUUCAUCUAGAACACAACACUCUUCUGCUUGUAUUCAAGCUCUUCAAUGGGCCCUCUUCUCCACUCAAGACUUUAAUGGUGAGAAAACAGUAAAAAGGAGUCUCCAUUUUGCUUUUCUUUUUUCCACCAUUUCUUGCUGUCUUGCAUUUUGGGGGUUUUAGGUCAAAAUUAUCGUUCUUUGAGUUUCUUCAUAAUUUCUUAGGUCUUUAUUCAUGGGGUUUCGAUUUUUUCUCUCUAGAAUUUCUGGGUUUUCGAUUUUGUAUGUGGAGAUCUGAGUUUGAGUUAAUGCUUUUUUAUCAACUUUAUUGACUGUUUUUAAAAGUUUAUGCCUUUUGAAUGUAUUGCUCUUUUCUUUACCUUCAAUCGGGUUUCAAAUUCAAAUUGUGGGUGCUUCGCUUCUUGAAUCAUAAUCUUGAUUUGAAUCUUUAAGUUGAAGGAACCCUAAUCUCAACAGGGUCCAAUCUAUGUUAUCAACGCAAAGAUUUAGGUUAAUGUUAUUGAAAUUAACUAAAAUCUUCAAAAACUGAAUCUUGAAUCUGGGUUCAUCUGAAAAUGUGGUAGGAUCGAUACUUUCUUUUGAAGCUUACCAUUGGAGACGAUGAUGAAUCAUGAAAUCUUGAUAUAGUCGCCGGAAUUUCAAGAAUGGAAAGAGGGAUUCAGCCUCCUUUGGUGGAUACAACAGCUUGUUUAUGUAGAGUCGACGUCGGCCUGAAAACCGUCGCCGGAGCAAAAAGAUUCGUCCCCGGUUCAAAGCUAUGUCUCCAGCCGGACAUCAAAUCAUCAAUCCACCCAACCAGACAAAAACCACCACGCGACAGAACCCGCAACCAAUCCCCACUCCUUCCCGGACUGCCCGACGACCUCGCCAUCGCCUGUUUAAUCCGCGUUCCAAGAAUCGACCACCGCAAGCUCCGCCUAGUCUGCAAAAGAUGGUAUCGUCUUCUCGCCGGAAACUUCUUCUACUCUCUCCGGAAAAACCUCGAAAUCGCCGAAGAAUGGGUUUACGUUAUGAAAAGAGACAAAGAUCGGAAGAUGACAUGGCAUGGAUUCGACCCCAUGAACCACUUCUGGCAACCGCUGCCACCUGUCCCCAAAGAAUACUCCGAAGCCGAAGGUUUUGGUUGCGGCGUUUUGAGCGGAUGCCACCUUUAUUUAUUCGGCGGAAAAGAUCCGAUCAAAGGGUCGAUGAGACGAGUGGUUUAUUACAGUGCCCGGACAAAUAAAUGGCAUCGAGCUCCCGAUAUGCUCCGGCGUCGACAUUUUUUCGGGUCUUGUGUAAUAAACAACUGUUUAUACGUCGCCGGCGGCGAAAACGAAGGUAUCCACCGGUCGUUAAGGUCAGUUGAGGUUUAUGAUCCGAGCAAGAACCGGUGGUGUUUUGUGGCGGACAUGAGCACCGCGAUGGUUCCUUUCAUCGGGGUGGUGUACGGCGGGAGGUGGUUCUUGAAAGGGCUUGGGUCACACCAACGGGUGGUAUCGGAGAUGUAUGAACCGGAAACUAACGUGUGGAGACAUGUUCACGACGGAAUGGUGGCGGGGUGGCGGAACCCUAGCACUUGUUUGAAGGGGAAGCUUUAUGCGUUGGGGUGUAAAGAUGGGUGUAAAGUUAGGGUUUAUGAUGAGGAAACGGAUUCAUGGAGUAAACAUAUUGAUAGCAAGAUGCAUAUGGGGAAUUCAAAGGGUUUAGAGGCGGCGGCAUUGGUGCCACUUAAUGGGAAACUUUGUAUUAUAAGGAAUAAUAUGAGUAUAUCUUUGGUGGAUGUUGAUGGUGGAGGUGGAGGUGGCGGAGGGGCGGCGGAGGCUGAGCAUUUGUGGGAGACACUUGCCGGAAAAGGGCAGUUUAAGACUUUGGUGUCGAAUCUGUGGUCUAGUCUCGCCGGAAGGAACCGCCUGAAGAGUCAUAUUGUUCAUUGUCAGGUUCUUCAAGCGUGAGGUUUGAAGGUCAACAAUGGCGGGUAUAUGAUGGUCUAUUAGGUUGUUUUAGAUGUUUUUUUUGGGGUGCAAGAAC